GCAUGCCCACCAUGUCAGACACGGCCUUGGAUGCCAGCUCCGAGAUCACCACCAAGGACUUAAAGGAGAAGAAGGAAAUUGUGGAGGAGGCAGAGAAUGGAAGAGAUGCACCUGCUAAUGGCAACGCUAAUAAGGAAAAUGGGGAGCAGGAGGCUGACAAGGAGGUAGAUGGAAAAAAGGAAGAAGGAGGAGCAGAGGAGGAGGAAGGUGAUAGUGAGGAAGAGGAUGGAGAUGAAGAUGAGGAGACUGAGGCAGCUACAGGCAAACAGGCAGCUGAAGAUGACAAGGAUGAUGAUGUUGACACCAAGAAGAAGGAGACUGAUGAGGAUGAAUAG